GUCGGCCUUAUUAUCUUCGCAACUAUCGAAGUGGGGUCAUAAGAAAUUUUUUUGCAAUGUAUGCUUAAACCAUUUCUCCUCCAGCGCCCUUCUUGCGAAACACUCUACCUACUGUCAGCAAAUAAACGAGUGCGCUGCUAGGGUACCAAACGAAACAGAGAAAUAUUUAGAAUUUGCGCAUUACGCGUACAAGGAGAAGGUCCCGUUCGCUAUUUACGCUGACCUUGAAAGCAUUCUAGUUAAAUGCGAUGGCGAUCUUGGCAACUACGAUGAUUGUACGAAAUUAUUCCAGAAACACAUACCCUUUAGUAUCGCGUUCUAUCUGAAAUGUUCAUACGAUGAGUCUCUUUCAACAUUUUCAUUGUACCGGGGCGCAGACUGCAUUCAAUGGUUUAUUAAACAAUUAGGGGACAUUGCAGUUUGGACGAAUACAAUUUUUAACAACCCAGUUCCCAUGGAGACGAUGAGUGAUGAACAGCGCAAAGAUUUCGAGAAUGCCACGCACUGUCACAUUUGUGAAAAACCUUUCGUGGAUGGGGACAUUCGCUGUAGGGACCAUAAUCAUAAGGGCAGAGGUCUGUAUAGGGGCGCUUCACACUCUCGGUGCAACAUAAACUACCAAGAUAGCACCGUAAUUCCCGUCGUAUUUCAUAAUCUAAGCGGUUACGAUGCGCAUUUUUUUAUUCGAGAACUAUCCACUGGUUUACCGGGCCACAUAACAUUGCUCCCAUUAAACAAAGAAAAGUACAUCUCUUUUACAAAAUACGUGGACAAUACAAAAAUUUCUUUUCGAUUUAUCGACUCGUUCCGAUUUAUGAGUAGUAGUAUUGAUAAAUUAUCAGCGUACUUGGGUGACGAACAGAAAACUAUCACUAAAUCCUAUAGUCGUAACGACACCGAGUUCAAUCUGCUAACGAGAAAAGGUGUUUUCCCCUACGAAUAUUUGGAUUGUUGGGAAAAGCUAGAUGAGACCGCUUUACCGCCAAAGGAUGCAUUUUUUAGUCAUUUACAUAACGAGGACAUUACUGACGAAGAGUACGAGCACGCUUCAAACGUGUGGCGCGUAUUUUCCAUUCAAACCUUAGGUCAAUACUCCGAUCCUUACUUAAAAACGGACGUGCUUCUUUUGGCCGAUAUUUUCGAAACUUUCCGAAUCACUUGCAUGCAAACGUAUCAGCUGGAUCCUUUGCACUAUUACACGGCUCCAGGGCUCGCAUUUGACGCCAUGUUAAAAAUUACGGGUGUUAAACUGGAACUUUUAACCGAUAUCGAUCAAAUUCUUUUCAUCGAGAGUGGAACUCGAGGCGGUGUAACUCAGUGUAGUACUCGAUAUGCUAAAGCGAACAAUAAAUAUAUGUUAAGCGGAUACGAUCCCAACCUCCCUACGAACUACUUAAUGUACUUGGACGUAAACUCGCUUUAUGGGCGCACAAUGUGUGAGCCGCUUCCAUGCGGAGAAUUUUCGUUUGUAGAAAACUUUGAAACGCUAGACAUAUUAAAUCAUCCAGACGAUUCGGACAUUGGCUACAUUCUAGAAUGCGAUUUUGACUAUCCCAAUCAUAUUCAUAAGACCCACAGUCAGCUGCCAUUGGCUCCCGAACAUAGAAUUCCCCCAGGCUCGAAAUUAAAGAAACUAUUGCUGACAUUAUACGCGAAACGUAACUACGUCGUCCAUUAUCGGAAUUUAAAGUUGUACGUCCGACACGGAUUAAAAUUAGUGAAAAUACAUCACGUCUUACGUUUCAAGCAAUCGCCGUGGCUACGUACGUACGUUGAUUUAAAUGCGACCAUGAGAAAGCAAGCAAAAAACGAAUUCGAAAUACACUUUUUCAAAUUGAUGGGUCAACAGUGUGUUUGGGAAAUUAAUGGGGAACGUAAGGAAAUAUAAAGAUGUACGUCUCGUAUCUCGCUACGAGGGAAGAUAUGGAGCAAUGGCGUGCAUUGCAAAACCAAAUUUUCAUAGUUGCACCUUAUUUGAUAACGAUAUGGUCAUUAUUGAAAUGAAUCGAUUAGAGGUGUUCCUCAACAAACCGAUAUAUGUGGGUUUUGCGGUUCUAGACAUUUCCAAAACGUUCCUUUACAAUUUCCAUUACGAUUACGUACUGCCUAAAUUCCAAAAUAACGCUAAACUCUUAUACACCGAUACCGACAGUCUGAUUUACUCGUUCACCAACGUACCCGACAUAUACGAGUCGAUGAUAAAGGAGGAUAUACAUCUAUUCGAUACGUCCAGUUAUGAGCGCGAUAACGUUUUUGGAAUACCGCUAGUGAAUAAAAAGGUUCCCGGUCUAAUGAAGGACGAAAGCAAUGGCAAAAUUAUGCUGGAAUUUGUUGGUCUUCGCGCUAAAAUGUACGCUUAUCGCGUAGAUACAAAAGAUGUAGUUAAAAAAUCUAAGGGAUCAACUGCAGCGAGUAUUAAGACAAUCACCAUAGAUGAUUACAAGAACUCACUGUUUAAUGCCGACAUUAUAAAGAGUCAUCAGCACCUCAUCAGAUCGAAAAAGCAUUCUGUAUUUACAAUCAAACAGAAUAAAGUGGUCCUUAGUCCGCACGACGAUAAGCGGAUUAUUCAACCAGACUGCAUUAACACUCUUCCUUGGGGCUACGAGCAGCUGUAAGCUGAACCAGUGCAACGAUCCAGGAGCUUUCAUUGUAAAUAUCUAUUUAUCAAAUGUAUAUUUAUGGAAAAUAAAAUAGCACCUGC